AUGCUUGCUAGGCAAUCGCUUGGUCGUCUCACGACCCAGUCGCGUGUGCUGGGGGCCGCGCCCACUGGUGCGCGUAACAUGGCCACCCUUCGUGAAAUCGAGUUGCGUCUCAAGUCCGUCAGGAACAUUGAGAAAAUCACGAAGUCCAUGAAAAUGAUUGCGUCAACGAAGUUGAACAAGGCGCAACGCGCCAUGGUGGCCGGCAAGCAGUACGGGAUUGCGAACGCGGAGGUGUUCCAGAACGCACCCCCACAAGAGGCAGCCAAGCGCAAGCUGUUCAUCGUCAUGUCGUCAGACAAGGGUCUUUGCGGUGGUAUCCACUCGUCCGUGACGAAGGCGACACGUCGCAUCUUCGCAGACAAGGGGCAGGUUGACCCCGAGUCACCCAUCAUGAUCAUUGGAGACAAGCCCAAGGCGCAGCUGUCGCGUGCAUUGCCCAAGAACAUUGUCUUGACGUUCAACCAGAUUGGACGCGACAUUCCGACGUUUGCGGACGCAGCGGGCGUCGCGGACCUCAUCAUCAAGAGCGGCGUCAAGUACGAUGCGAUUUCAAUCGUGUACAACAAGUUCGUGUCCGCAAUUUCGUACGAGUCGGCGGUCAUGGAAGUCGAGACGGAGGAGACACUGAAGAGCUCGCCGGGCUUCAGGGCGUAUGAGAUGGAAGACGAUGUGACUAAGGACCUUGCUGAGUUCGCGCUCGCGAAUGCCAUCUACGCCGCGCUCGUUGAGGGCCAUGCGUGCGAGCAGAGUGCUCGUCGCAAUGCCAUGGACAACGCGUCUAAGAACGCGGGUGAGAUGAUCAACAGGCUCCAAAUGCAAUAUAACCGUGGUCGCCAGGCUGCCAUCACGAACGAGCUGGUCGACAUUAUUACCGGUGCGAGUGCCCUGUAA